CAUGGACGUGAUGGUGAACAUAUUGAUGAAUUUAUUUUCAAGUUAAAAAUUAUUAUGAAAAAAUAAUUUUAUAUUAGUUUAUUAAUUGUAUACAUCGACAACAUUUUCAAAAUGGACUACACACCGACUUCAGUAACGGCGACUGUGGCUAAAAUGUAUGUAUCAUUGAUGUUACUUUUCUGUGUUAAAGUACAAUAUUUGAACAGUUUAUUUAAAAGAUUAUUUGUACCUAUAUAUUACUACAGAUUAUGCUGCCAAUGCGGAGUGACUAUGGAGCCAAAUCCGGCCAACAUGUGUGUUUCUUGUCUCCGUACACAUGUAGACAUCACACAAGACAUUCCCAAACAAGGCACAUUGCAAUUUUGUCGCAAUUGUGAACGGUAUCUACAACCACCGUUUGAAUGGAUAUCAUGUUCUCUUGAAUCCAAAGAACUGUUAGGGCUAUGUUUACGCAAACUAAAAGCAUUAAGUAAAGUGAAACUGGUUGAUGCUGGGUUUAUUUGGACUGAACCGCAUUCAAAACGCAUUAAGGUUCAAAAAUAAAAAAAAUAAAUAAAUCAAAAGCAAUAAAAUUAUAUUAAUUUAUAGGUAAAACUUACUGUACACGGGGAAGUGAUGAGUGGCAUGACUUUGCAACAAGUAUUUGUGGUUGAGUUUAUUAUUGCUAAUCAGAUGUGUGAUGACUGCCAUCGUUCUGAAGCUCAAGAUUAUUGGCGUGCUUUAGUAAGUAGAUUACUAUUGUUAUAUUCAAUUGAUAUUAUAUUGAAAAUAUUAAUUUAAAAAUUAGUUUCUUAGUUUGUAUUGUACUUUACUCAAAAUAAGAUAGAACCACUCAGAAUCCCAAUUAAUGUAGUAUUAUGGUUUAUUAUAGCUUUAUGAUUCAAUUCUAGAUCAAUGUCAUCUAACUAUUAACUGUCUAGUCUAUUCAUUAUUGAAUUAAAAUCACUUGGUACAUUAUCAAUAAACAUAUUUGCAUUGAGUACUAAAACAAUAAAAUCAUAGUCUUAAUGUCAAGAAAUAAUUUGAUUAACACUGAAGACUUGAUUCUGCUUUUCAGGUGUUUUCAUACUAUUUUAAAUCACAUUAAGAAUAUUAAUAUAGAAUCUAAUAUUACCUCUAUUAUUUACAUCCUAAUACUUUCUGGCAUAGUGUAACUAUAUUUAGGUGGAAGGUGUGAAAUAGGAUUAUAUAAUUAUUUAAUAUAAUUUGAUUAAUUACAAAUUGACAAAAUAAUUAUAUGACAUGUACAUUUCACAUUUGAUAUUUAAAAGGUUAGGGUCUGUCCUCUAUUCUCCAAACUUAUUGAGUGAGUGGUGGUGAUAAAUUACCAAUAAAUCACCCCUUUGAGUAUACUAUAUAAAGAUUAAAAUCUUUUAUUAGUAUACAAUUUGACUGGUAUUUUAUUUUUUUGUAAUGAACAAUAUGGACUUAUCCUCUUUCAUUUCCAAAGUUUUAAUAAAUACAACUAUAAUAGUUUUCAAACAUUAUACAUAAAAUAGAUUAGGUUUACUAGGACCAUAAAUUAUUGAGAUUAAAAGACAAAAAUUUAAACGAGUAACAAUGUUUAUUUAACCACAUUAAAUUAUUAGUAUUGACAUAUUAUAAUAUUAAUUAGAAAGAAUAGUGUGCAUGUUAAUAGUCGCUAGAGAAUGAUGACGUAAUUACGCGAACAAAACCUUAAUCAAUAGAACAUGCCAAAUUUCAGAUAAUACAGUAAAUUAUACUAGUGGUAAUACCAUUGAUUAAAUGUAUAUAUCAAUGGUAAUACAAUUAAGGAUUAUCUAAUAAGUAUCAUAUGUUUUUAAUAACUGUAUGUGUGUUUUCUAGGUUCAAGUUAGACAAAAAUCAGACAACAAAAAAACAUUUUACUACUUGGAACAGUUAAUGUUAAAACAUAAGGCACAUAAAAAUACAUUAUCUAUAAAAACAGAAACAAGUAAAAUACAGUUAUGAUAAGAUACAUUUACAUUUUUGUUAAAAUACAUUAUUAUUUUUAGAUGGUUUGGAUUUUUUUUACUCUACUGAAUCACAAGCUCGUAAACUUGUGGAUUUUAUGUCUGCAGUAUUACCUUGUCGAUAUCAACAUUCUAAGAAAUUGUUGUCCCAUGAUAUUCAUAGUAAUGUUUAUAAUUACAAAUUUACGUAUAGGUAUGUUGUAUAUAAAACUAUCACUUAAUGUUUUAUAAUUAACAAAUUUAAUAUUUUCAUGUUGAUGCUUCAUAAAUACAGAAAUGUGUAUAAUUAUUAAAAUAAUACAAAUUGAAUUAAUUAAUGUAUAUUAGCAUGGAAAUUGUACCAGUUAUGAAGGAUAGUGUGGUCUGCUUGUCUAAAAAAAUGAGUCAGCAAUUGGGAGGAAUCAGUCCUUUAUGUAUUGUAUACAGGGUAACAAACUCAAUUAAAUUGAUUGAUCCUUCUACUGCACAAUGUAAAUAUUCACCUUCUGUGGUCUUUUGGGUGUAUCAUUAAUAUAAAAUAUAUUAUUUUAGUGGCAGAAGUAAGCAGUUCUGCAUAUUGGAGAGAUAGUUUCCAGAGUGUUUUCAAAAGUAAACAAUUCACAGAAUACACUGUAAUGGACAUUGAGCCAAUCAUGGAAAAAGAUAGAGUGUUGUUUCCAGGACAAGGGCAAAUUUCGUAUAAAGUGAGCAUUCAAAUUCACUUUAAUGAACAUCAAUAUCAAUUUUUUCUUGUAUGAUCCCCUCUAAUCACUUAUACAUUUAUUUUUUGUUUUAGCACAUGUUAGCAGAUGUAUGGGUUGUAAGAUCCUGUGAUUUAGGUUUGACAUCAGACACUAUUCAUUGCAGGACUCAUUUAGGACAUGUUCUUAAACCAAUGGACACAGUUUUGGGUUACGCUAUUGCAGAUAGUAAUGUGAAUGAUAAUAACUUUGAUAAAUUGUCCAAAACUUUAUUACCGGAUAUAAUUUUAAUUAAGAAAAAUUAUCCUGAUCGGGCAAGGCAUCGCAAACGUAACUGGAAAUUAAAGCGAAUAACAGAUACAGAAAUUAACUUUGAAAGUGAUAAUAAGUAAGUAUUUUGGUUUUAUAACAAAUAAUUUAUUAGAAAAUUAAAUAGGAUAAUGUUCAUUAAUUAUAAAAUUAUUUUACUAAAUUUUAGUGACAUGGAUGAGUUUAUGGAUGAUUUGGAGGAAGAUAAAGAUUUAAGACAAAAUAUUAAUAUUUAUGUAAAUCCAGAUGCUGGUGUUGAGUCUGCUACUGAAGAUGAUGAUGGUGCACCAAGAAUUGGUCUUGAAGAGAUGAUGGAAGAUUUAUAUAUUUAUGAAGAUGAUGUAAUGGAAGUGUACGAGUAAAAAUUGAAUGAAUUGCGGUUGUAAAAUGUAAUGUCAAAAAAAUCAUGUUUUUUUAUUAUCUACAUUGAUAGUAUUUUAUUUCAUUAUGUAAUAAAACGUGAAAUAAUAAUAUAAUCCAAUAUUACCUAAUAUUCACCCAUAGAAAUAAUUUAUUAAAGAAAAUACAUAGAAUGUAUUCACCAAG